UAGGUUUAGGUUUAGGUUUAGGGUUGGCUUUCUGACUUCCAGACUCCCCGCCCUCCAUCACAACCGACGCCGCCCUCCACCCCUUCGCUGCAAAAGCCGUCGUCGUCUCCGCCUUUACCGGCCUCCACCAGCCAGACCUCAGCGGCAGAAGUCGUCGCCACUGCUGUCGCUACCGCCUCUUUUCUUUCUUCUAUCUCUAUCUCCCUCUCUGGUGCAACCGCACGUCGGCACCAAUCAAAACAAUUAUUCCUAAUUAGCAGGCUUUGAACCUCGUCCUGUUCGCAGGCCUCACUGUGGCAAUAGGAUCUCAGCAGGGUUUCGGCAUUAAUCAUGGGGGUGGAAUUUGAAAACGGCCAAGCUCAGUUUCAGGAUAUGGAGGGUGUUAAUUUCACAGAUGAUCAGUUAGUUGAUUUCAUUAGGGGGUUUCUUACUUCAGUGUCGCUGGGAAAUACUGAUGGGUAUCACCAGCUUGUUGGUGUUAUACACCACAGAGAUCGAUUAUCCGCUGAUGAGGUUGCCUUGCUCGUGACAUGUUUGAAGGCACUAUCUGGAGCAGUUUCUUGUAUAGAUGUCGUUCUCCACGAAUCACUUCUUGCGGCAAUUUUUAAAAUGAGCUUGUGGGAUUAUGGACCUAACGUGAUGGAUGCCCUGAUUGAACUAAUAACAUCCCUGGCUGUUUCGAGUGGAAAAUAUGUGGAUUCAUGCUUGGAUAUGCUUGUAACUAAUUUCAUGCCGCCCCAUUCCUACAAGGAUUUCCUGAAGAAGCCGCAUGGUCUUACAAGAAAGGAUGAAGUUCUUUCUCGAGUGCACACAGCUCUAAAAGACAUCUCGGACUUGGUUCCUCUUGCACCCUUGAGAUUAGAGCUCAUAGUUGUCCAUAAAAUGCAGAGAGUCUUUUUCAAAGAAUCUUUGACCACAAUAUAUGUGGAGAACAUGCUAAGGUUGGAAAAGGGUGCAAUGAGUGAAUUUGUUGGGAGGAAAAUCUUAACUGCACUGGUGGAUAAGCUUUUAGAUCUGGAUGUGGAGAUUGGGUGGGAUGAUAUCCUACAAGACGAUUUCAGUAAAGGAAUUUUUGAGAUUGAACUGGAAGAUGACAAUGAAUCUACAGAUGAUAUUGAUGAGGAUUCUAGUGAGCUUCCAAGAGAACUAAGUCGUAAGAGCUUAGGUGGAAAUGUAAUUGCUGAAACGUUAGAUAGCUUGAUAGUGCUUACAUUUGAACAUCUUGAAUCAUGUGAGCGUGAUGGACGAUUGAAUGAGGUUUUUGACAUUUUACUCCUAUCAUUUCAAAGAACUGUUCUGACUGCUUACAAGUCUAAAUUUGCCCAGUUUGUCAUAUUCUAUGCUUGUGCAUUAGAUCUGGAAGUUUGUGGUGCAAGAUUUGCCGUUACGCUAGCUGAUAUGUUCAUUUCCCGCAAUGGUCUUCCCCUUACCAGGAUGAGUGCUAUUUCGUAUCUUGCGAGUUAUUUGUCUCGCGGGAAGUUCCUGUCAACCUCUUUGGUUACCACUAUAUUGAAAAGAUUGGUGGAUUGGUGUUUAGAAUAUGGCAAAACACAUGAUGUUGACCUGAACCCAAAGGCUCAUAAAAUAUUUUAUUCUGGUUGCCAGGCCAUAAUGUAUGUGCUUUGCUUCCGGAUGAGAUCGAUUUUGGAGAUACCACGGCUGAAGUCACAACUUCUGCUUAUGCCUAUAGGUCGAAUCUUGACGCAUAGGUUAAGCCCACUGAAGGUUUGCCUACCGUCUAUUGUCGAGGAAUUUCUCCGGCAGGCAAAAGUUGCUAAUUUAUUUACACCAUCAGAGACUUUUAUAUUCAAUGGUUUGCUGGAGUCUGAAUAUUCAAAGACUUUCGGUGGGAUUGAAAGGCUCGACAUGUUUUUUCCGUAUGAUCCUUGCUUGCUGAAAAGAUGUGACAGAUAUCUUCGGCCAUAUUUUGUAUAUUGGUCGAUGGUUAGACCUACAUAUGAUGAAGAAGAAGAAGACGAAGGUAGCAGCGAUGAAGAUGUUGCAGAGGUUUUCCCGGAUAAAAUCGAGGAAAACCUUAUGGACGAUGAAGCAAUGGCAAGAAGCUACGACGAUAGAGAGUUUGACCUUGAUGAAUUUGAUAAUGCAUUAGAUAAAAUGUCCAUCACACCAAGAAAUUCUCUCCCGUUAAGGCAAGAUUGUGUUCGAAUGCCCUCACGAAUCCGACCCUCGAUGAGUCCAGAAUCUUUGUGAAAGUAGCAAGCCACUCCACUACUAGUUAGCUAGUACAGAGGCCAAGUAGAAGGUAGCUCAUCCAGCCCAGCGAGCGGAUCCAUUGCUGAAAAAGGUAAGCUCCUUUUGCAAGUCUAGGGUGGGUUUUUGGGUUUAUUUUGUUUAUUUAAAAUGUAGAAUAGGUGGGUUUGGGGUUCAGUUUUGUUUUCUCAUUCCAUUUUGUAGCUUUGCAUAGCUUUGGUUUCCUAUUCUUUACGCUCCAGGCUUGUAUUAGUUGCAGUAAGCAUCGAAUACAGCAAAAGUUUUGUUCACUUCUGAAUGGUAUAUAUGUAUAUGAGUUUAUGAGUAUAUGAGUAGUUAGCAAA